AUAAUAAGCAAAGGGGAAGUACUGAAAAACCAACUGAAAAAUGUUAAAUUUUGUGUACCUAUUUACAAUGAUGUAUCCUUUCACAAAAACAAGCGGCUGGGAAUGUCCGAGGAAUGAAACUUCUUGGACGAUUAGAUCGGAAAUUAUCUGCAACAAUACCGGAAAUCUUGUUUAUCAUUGUCUCCCUACAAACUAUUUGAAUGACACUAUAGAGGACUGUUUCAUUCCAGAACCAAUACAGCCAGGUUUUUGUGCAGUUUACAACAGUUUCAUAAAAAGCGUUUACUUUAACCAACAAAAUCCUUGUACAAAUCUAUUUCCCGAGACGUGUCCAAACAAAGUGUAUCAGUCUAACGAACUUUAUGAAUGGCCAUCAUGCUUAGAGAUAAAUCCUGACGAGAAAUGUUACCUAGCUGAAUCUACCUGUCCACGUAUACAAAGAAAUUCCGCUGAAAUAUCCUGCGGGUCACCUGCAGUGUGGGGAUACCGGUGGGUAACGUACUACUAGUAAUCAGUGAGAGAAAAUUAAGUGUUUUUGUGCAUUAUUAUGUUAUAAUAAAGAACUUUAAGUUGGCUUACUAUGUAUGUAUGCUAUAUCACUUGUAUAUUGAUAAAUAUUUUGUCUUUUUGAGCAAAUUGCAACAUCUACAAUGAAUUACAAUGUAGUUUAAGCUCAGUAAGCUGAUAUAAAUUGAACAAGAUAUGACAAAUUAAAAUGAAACUUGUGUCCAAUCUCAUCAACACAUUAUCAUGAUUAUUGUCAAUAUUAUUUGUUCAAAACAACAACAGAAAAUUGUCAGCUCUAUGAUAAUGUUAAACCAGUACAUUUUUAAGGAAGAUGGGUCUACCAGGUCCAUGUUAGGUACAUGUUAAAUUCACAUGCAUAAUACUUGUCAUGGUAUUAACAUAUUAGUAAGUUCAACAGUUUUUAGGGUUUAGUAAAAUACAAUUGACUUGGGACCAUCUUUUUUUAUUAGGAAUUUAUUUAUUUUCAUUUAUUUUUACUUUUUAUUUUUUGCCUGUUAUGUAUGUGUGUGAAAGUCAGAAAAGCUUUGACUAACAAAAUUGAAAUGCUUACUUUUUUAUUGUAUAACUUGCUAUGUCAGUGGUGUAGAUUAAUUAAUUCAUAUAUUACUACAUGUUUACGCUUUUAAUAAAUUUUUAUACAGCA